ACAAUCAGGGCUGCCAACAGAAAGAAGCGCCACUUUUUGACGCCGGCGGUUUCUAGGUUAUAAAACGUUUUCAUAACGAUUGUUUCUUUUUUGUGUAAAAGUUCAAUAAACAUCGUCCAAAAUGACGAUAGGGAAAAACAACAAAAUGAUCCAACACAUAAACUACAGAGUCCGUGUGACUCUGCAAGACUCCAGGAUCUUCAUUGGCACGUUCAAGGCGUUCGACAAACACAUGAACAUGAUCCUGGGCGAUUGCGAGGAGUUCCGCAGGAUCAAACCCAAAAACUCGAAAGUUGAGAGGGAGGAGAAAAGAACACUCGGCUUUGUGUUGCUCAGAGGUGAAAGCAUCGUGUCGCUGACAGUUGAAGGACCACCACCACCAGAAGAGGGCCUUCCUAGAGUCCCAGUGCCUGGUGCCAACCCCGCGCCCGGUCUGGGAAGGGCUGCCGGAAGAGGAAUGCCAGCAGGAAUGCCGGGAGUGCCUGUGGGACUCACAGGGCCAGUCAGAGGUGUUGGCGGUCCGUCGCAGCAAGUGAUGACGCCAGGAGGCCGCGGUCAAGUGGCGGCGGCCCCACAGAUGGCACAAGGACCUCCAAGACUGGGAGCUGGCCAUCCAGCUGGCAUGAUGGCCCCACCGCCUGGCAUGAUGGGCAUGCCGCCAAACAUGGCGAUGGGACGAGGCGGACCUCCGCCACCGCUGCCCAUGAGGGGUCCUCCACAUGGAAUGAUGAGGGGGGGACCGCCUGGGCCGCCCAGACCUUAUUAGAGAUCAGUGUGUUCAGUAGGUUAAUAAGUCAAUGAAUGAUUGGAUGUUUCUUGAAUAAAUAUUAGGUUCUAUUUUUAUAAAGUGGACGUUGAUUUAAAAGAGACAAUUAUAGGAUAAUUAUAUAGGGAUUUUCUGACCAUUUUGUAAUACAUGAACUGUAUAAAUGGAUUUUAUACUUGUACUACAAUUUAUUUCAAUUAAUGAAUGUACCUAAUUUAAGCAUUAAUGUAUUUCUUUUUUCUCUAAAUAUAUAUUUAAAAAUAUA